AAAUGUGCAGGACUUCCUCUUGCUGUUGUUGUGCUUGGAGGCUUGUUGAGUAGAAAAGCUACGUUGGAAGAAUGGAAGAAGGUGAUGAGAGACGUGAAUUCAAACUUGAACAAAAUGCAAUCAAGACAACAAUAUGAAGGGGUGAAUCAGAUACUAGCCUUGAGCUACCACGAUCUACCUUACUACUUGAAGCCCUGUUUUCUGUAUCUAGGCAACUUUCCUGAGGAUUAUGAAAUACACAAAAGAAAAUUGAUCCGAUUAUGGAUAGGAGAAGGAUUUAUUCCCAUGAGUACGGGAUCAAGAGGAGAGAUGGAACAAACAUGGGAAGAUGUAGCUGAAGGAUACAUGGAAGAGCUGAUCCAUAGGUGCAUGGUUCACGUGGAGCAAAGGGACCAUACAGGAAGAGGUGUGAAAACAUGUCGCAUGCAUGAUCUUAUGCGAGACUUGUGUAUAAACAAGUCCAGGGAGGAAAGCUUUGCUCAGAUUAUGGAAAAGACCGAUGGUUCUGCAGCUUCAUUUAAGCCCUCGGGAGAUAGUCGUUCUCGAAGACUUGUCAUCCAUCCUGGUGUUGAUCUUCAAUAUCGCAAAACACAUUGGGCAUGCAACACCUUUUUCAGAAAGCUUGUUAAUCCAUGUUCUUCUUCUUUGGUGGAGUCUAAUUGGGUGGAACAGGGGGAGACUUCUGGCUAUCAUCCUCCAUAGGUAAUCUGCGCAAUUUGCACACUCUACAUAUUAAGGGGAGAGUCAGAGGAUCAGUAGGCAUGAUAUCAAAAUUGAUACGUUUGAGACAUCUGUCGUUACGAUUUGUUUUGAGUGUUCAAAAUGGUUUUCGGAUAGAUAAACUAAAAGACAUUGAGACUCUAAAGUAUAUACCAGCUUAUGUGUUGAUUAGAUCAUAUGAUGCACUACACAAGUUGACUAAUCUUCGAAGCAUAUCGAUAUCCUUUGAUCGUGAUCAUUAUAAUUAUAAUGACGAUGAUGUGAGAAGGGUGUUGGGGUCCCAAAUCGUUCAAUCAGGCCGCCUAACAUCCUUGCGAAUCGAAAUAUCAUACGGCACCGAAGCUAAAUUUCCAAGUCUGGAAUCACUUUCCUCAUGUCAUAGUCUCUCUAAAUUAUUUUUGGAUGGGGAGAUGACAUUCCAACAACAACAAGGAUUAAUACAUCUUCCACAAAGCCUUACCAAAUUGACUCUCUGGUGGUCUAAGAUGGAGCAGGACCCAAUGCCAGUGUUGGAGAAUAAGCUACCAAAUUUAAGGUUUCUCUGGCUUGGUUGGAUGGCAUAUUUUGGUUCUAAAUGGUUUGCUCUGCCCAUGGAUUUCCAAACUUAGACACUCUUCAACUCUCUUCAUUAACCUAUUUAAGAGAGUGGAUAGUAGAGAAAGGUGCGAUGCCGAGUCUCAAGAAAUUAACCAUUGAUCGUCUUCAGAGCUUAAUGAUGAUUCCAGAAGGCUUGGAAUUUGUGACUUCCCUCAAAGAAUUGGAAAUUGAAGACAUGACGAAUUCCUUCUGCGAGAAGCUUCAAGUGAAAAACGGAAUUGAAGGGGAGGAUUACUUCAAAGUCCGACACAUACCCUCCAUCUCUUUUAAGUAUAUUAACUAUAUUUAAGAGGAUAUUAAAGAUUAAUUUAUGUACUGAAUGGGAGGAUCACCACAAAGCCAAACACAUACCCAUCUAUCUCAUCCAUUUUUAUUUUAUUUUUAUUAGGUAGAACGUUUUAUUUGGUUUUUUUGUUUUUUAUUGUUAUUAUAUAAGAUUGUACAUAUAUUAGAAAUUAUUUUUAUAUAUUUUUUUCAAUAGAUCA